CUUCCUACCGGCGCCCAAAGCUCCGGGUGGCCGCGGCCGAGCCGGGAGCCGAGCGCGCUGGGCGCGGCCGUCCCGCUGCCGCUGCUGGCGCGUGAGAGCCUGAGUGCACCCGCGGCCAUGGUCCCCGCGGCGGCUACCGGCGCCUGAGCCCCGAACGCGGGCACCGGAGGCGGGCGGCCGGCUGUGCGGGCGCGACGGAGUGGCCGACAGAAGGUGAGCGCUGUGGGCUAUGGGAUGGAUGAGGUGCAGCAGGACCAGCAUGAGGCCCGACUCAAGGAGCUGUUUGACAGUUUUGACACGAUGGGCACUGGGUCCCUGGGACAGGAGGAACUCACCGACCUUUGCCACAUGUUGAGCUUGGAGGAGGUGGCCCCGGUGCUGCAAGAGACGCUGCUUCAGGACAACCUCUUGGGCAGGGUGCAUUUUGACCAGUUUAAAGAAGCAUUAAUACUUAUCUUGUCUAGAACUCUGUCAGAUGAAGAACACUUUCAGGAGCCAGCAUCUGUGGGUGUCAGCUGCCAACAAGUAGCUCGGGUGUCUGGGCCGAUCCUGAAUACUCACAGGCUGACACACUCUCUCCUGAUAAAAGACUGCUCACUAGAAGCUCAGCCCAAAUAUGUUAGAGGUGGGAAGCGUUAUGGACGAAGGUCCUUACCGGAGUUUCAAGAAUCCGUGGAGGAGUUCGCAGAGGUGACAGUGAUUGAGCCCCUCGAAGAAGAAGAAGAAGAAGAAGAAGCAAGGCCUUCACACGUUCCGGCCGGAGACCACCAUGAGCACUGGAAGACGCAACCCAGCGAGGAGUACGAAGCAGAAGGCCAGCUAAGAUUUUGGAACCCAGAUGAUUUGAAUGCCUCCCAAAGUGGGUCUGCCCCUCCCCAAGACUGGAUAGAAGAGAAGCUGCAGGAGGUUUGUGAAGAUUUGGGGAUUACCCGUGAUGGUCACCUGAACCGAAAGAAGCUGGUCUCCAUCUGUGAGCAGUAUGGUUUGCAGAAUGUCGAUGGAGAGAUGCUUGAGGAAGUCUUCCAUAAUCUUGAUCCUGAUGGUACAAUGAGUGUAGAAGAUUUUUUCUACGGCUUGUUCAAAAAUGGGAAAUCCCUUACACCGUCAGCAUCUACUCCAUAUAGACAGUUGAAAAGGCAUCUCUCCAUGCAGUCUUUUGAUGAGAGUGGACGACGUACUACAACCCCAUUGGUGAUGACGAGUACCACUGGCUUCCGGGUCUUCUCCUGCCUGGAUGAUGGGAUGGGCUACGCAUCAGUGGAGAGAAUACUUGACACCUGGCAGGAAGAGGGCAUUGAGAACAGCCAGGAGAUACUGAAGGCCUUGGAUUUUAGCCUUGAUGGAAACAUCAACUUGACAGAGUUGACACUGGCUCUUGAAAAUGAACUUUUGGUCACCAAGAACGGCAUCCACCAGGCGGCUCUGGCCAGCUUCAAAGCUGAGAUCCGGCAUUUGCUGGAGCGUGUUGAUCAAGUGGGCAGAGAAAAAGAGAAGCUACGGUUAGAUCUGGACAAAGCCGAGAAGCUCAAGUCUCUCAUGGCCUCAGAGGUGGACGAUCAUCAUGCGGCCAUCGAGCGACGGAAUGAGUACAACCUCAGGAAACUGGAUGAAGAGUACAAGGAACGCAUAGCAGCCUUAAAGAAUGAACUCCGAAAGGAGAGGGAGCAGAUCAUGCAACAGGUGGGCAAGCAGCGUUUGGAACUUGAGCAGGAAAUUGAAAAGGCAAAAACAGAAGAGAACUACAUCCGGGACCGCCUGGCCCUCUCUUUAAAGGAAAACAGUCGACUAGAAAAUGAGCUGCUGGAAAAUGCUGAGAAGUUGGCAGAGUAUGAGAAUCUGACAAACAAACUUCAACGAAAUUUGGAAAAUGUGUUAGCAGAAAAGUUUGGUGACCUCGAUCCCAGCAGUGCUGAAUUCUUCCUGCAAGAAGAGCGGCUGGCACAGAUGAGAAAUGAAUAUGAGCAGCAGUGCAGGGUAUUACAAGACCAAGUGGAUGAACUCCAGUCUGAGCUGGAAGAAUAUCGUACACAAGGCAAAGUUUCCAGACUUCCCUUGAAGAACACACUGUCAGAAGAACUUGGUGUUAGUGAUUGCCUUGAGCCUGACCAGGGGCUUGGUUCUGAAGACUGCAAUCCACUGAAUAUGAGCAUCGAGGCAGAGCUGGUCAUCGAACAGAUGAAAGAACAUCAUCACAGGGACUUGUGUCACCUAAGACUGGAGCUUGAAGAUAAAGUGCACCACUAUGCACAGCAGCUUGAGGAAACCAAGGCCGCCUGUGAAAAGGAGCAGGAGAACAUGAGGCAAAAGUAUGAGAACGAAGUGCGCAUCCUGGAAAAGCAAAUAAGUGACCUUACACAUGACAUGGCAGAACUCCAGGGCCGGGCAGUGGCGCUCCAGGAGGCACAGCAUAUGACUAACUGCAGACACGAGGAGGAGAAGCAGCAACUGCAGAUGAGGUGGGACGAGGAGAAGACUCUCCUGCAGGAAGCGCUGAGGCUGGAACAUGAGGCAGAGCUCAAGGACAGACUGGGGCAGGCAGAGGAGAGCUUCGCCCGCGAGAGGGAGGGACUUCUUCACAGCGGUGCCUGGACAGAAGAGAAGGUGAGGGGCUUGACUCAGGAGCUCGAGCAGUUCCACCAGGAGCAGCUGGAAAGCCUGGCGGAGAAGCACGCUCUCGAGAAGGAGGAGUUGCGAAAAGAGCUCUUGGAAAAACACCAAAGGGAAUUUCAAGAGGAAAGGGAAAAAAUGGAAACUGAGUGUACUAGAAGAACCUGUGAGAUAGAAGCCCAGGUUCAGGCUGACUGUCAGAAAGUCACUGAGAGAUGUGAGAGUGCUCUGCAGCGCCUGGAGAGGCACCUGCGCCAAGAGCUGAGGGAGCUCCUGGAACAGCAGCGCGAGGAGAGGUCUCAGUGGCAGUUUGAGAAGGAUGAGCUCACGCAGGAGUGUGCCGAGGCCCAGGAGCAGCUGAAGGAGACGCUCCAGAGAGAGAAAGCGACUUCCCUGGCCUUGACCCAGGAGAGAGAGAUGCUGGAGAAAACAUACAAAGAACACCUGAGUAGCGUGGUUGGUGAGAGAGAACAGCUACUCAGAGACCUGGAAGACCUAAGAAAAGUGUCUGAAAGUCAGCAAAGCCUACUGUCCGACCAGAUCCUGGAGCUGAAACGCAGUCACGAGAGAGAGCUGAAGGACCGCGAGCAGGUCCUGUGCCAGGCGGGCGUCUCGGAGCAGCUGGCCAACCAGCGGCUUGAAAGGCUGGAAAUGGAACGUGACCAGGAGAGGCGGGAAAUGGUGUCCAAGCUCCUGGCCAUGGAGAGCGUCCACAGAGUGACCUGUGAGAAAGCAGAUCGAGACAGAGCCGAGAUGAGCACAGAAAUCGCCCAGCUUCAGAAUAAAAUUAAGGAGAUGCAGGAGGUGGCAUCUCCUCCCUCCAGGCUGCAGAAUGGCUGCCAGGAAACAGGAGGGGAGGAGGCAGAAGGAAGUGGAGCCAUGUCCCUGCUCCAGCAAGGAGAGCAGCUGUUGGAAGAGAAUGGAGAUGUCCUCUUGAGCCUGCAGAGAGCUCACGAGCAGGCAGUGAAGGAAAACGUGAAGAUGGCUGCGGAAAUCUCUCGAUUGCAGCAGAGGCUGCAGAAAUUAGAGCCAGGGUCGGUCAUGUCGUCUUCUUUAGAGGAGGCCACCACUGGGCUUUUCGGGAAUUCUGUGGAACAAACAGAGCCAUGUUUACUGCAAAACCGAAGGGAGCAAGUAGAAGGUGUGACCAGGCGGCGCGUCCUGAGCGACCUGCAAGACGAUGAGGCCCCGGACCUGGGAAGCACAGGGACGAGCUCUCUUCAGAGACAGGAGGUCCAAGUCGAGGCGUCUGAAGCGUCCAUGGGGAGUUUUUCUGAGCUUGAAAACAGCGAUGAGACCAGGACUGAGACCUGGGACCUGAAGAAUCAGAUUUCUCAACUUCAGGAACAAUUAAUGGUCUUACGUGCGGACUGCGAUCGAGCUUCUGAGAAGAAGCAGGACCUACUCUUCGAUGUUUCUGUGCUCAAGAAGAAGCUCAACGCGCUUGAGAGAGUCGCCGAGGCUUCUCCCAAGUAUAAACUGUUAUACGAAGACGCCGGCAGAGAAAACGACUGUCUCCAGGAAGAGCUGCGAGUGCUGGAGACGCACUACGAGGAAGCCCUGGACAGCAACAAGGAACUCGCUUCAGAGGUUUUCCGAUUGCAGGACGAGCUGAAGCGAGCGGAAGAAGUGACCGAAACGUUCCUCGGCCUGGAAAGGAGUUACGAUGAGGUCAAAAGGGAAAACGAGGAGCUGCACGUUGUGGUUCUGAGACUUGAAGGCACGAUUGAGAGGCUGCAAGAAAGAGCGGCGCUCCAGUGUGGCUGCUUCUCCCUGUGGGAAGCCCAGUUAGAGGGCCUGGACCCCCAGCCCGAGCCCGAUGGGAAGGCACUUGCGCUAAAUCAGACACCGGGAGCACGUGCGCCCAAGGCUUUGAAUGUAUGCCAGGUUAUAGAAGAACAUUAUCAAGAAAACCAGUACCUUGGGCAGGAGAACACCCAGAUCCUGGGAAAAGUAAAAGCACGUGAAAUUGCCUGGCUGCACACAACAAUCCAGACUCACGGAGAAAAGCCUGGAGAACAGAACCAGGUGACCAUCGAGGAAAACACCACCCUCCUAGGCCUCCAACACAGACAUUUCCAGCGUCAGGCCGUGAUCGCGGAGUUAGAACUGGAGAAAAAAAAGCUGCAGGAGCUGACUAGGAAGUUGAGGGAGAGAGUCACUAAUUUAGUGAAGCAAAAAGAUGUCCCUGCUCAAGGAGGGAAGGAGGAAGAGCUGAAGGCAAUGAUGCAUGACUUGCAGGUCACGUGCAGUGAGAUGCAGCAGAAAGUUGAGCUUCUGAGAUAUGAAUCUGAGAAGCUUCAAGAAGAAAAUUCUAUUUUGAGAAAUGAAAUUACUACUCUAAGUGAAGAAGAUAGCAUUUCUAACCUGCAGUUGGAGAAAUUAAAUGGAUCUCAGGAAGAAAUGUGGCAAAAUAUAGAAACUGUAAAACAGGAAAAGGCCGCAGUUCAGCAGAUGGUUGAAAAUUUAAAGAAACAGAUUUCAGAAUUAAAAACCAAAAACCAACAGUUGGAUUUGGAAAAGACGGAACUUAGCCAAAAGAACUCUCAAAAUCAGAGAGAAUUGCAAGAGCUUAAUCAACGUCUGGCGGAAGUGCUGUGCCAGGAGAAGGAGCCAGGGCGCGGCACGCUGGAGGAGUGGCAAGAGGAGAAGUCUACGCUGGAAGAGGAGCUGGAACGCUGUAAAGUGCAGUCCUCUGCUUUGGUGUCUUCUUUGGAGGCAGAACUCUCUGAAGUUAAAAUACAGACGCAUAUUGUGGAACAGGAAAACCUCCUUCUCAAAGAUGAACUGGAGAAAAUGAAGCAGCUGCUCAGAUGUCCCGAUCUCUCUGACUUCCAGCAAAAAAUUUCUAGUGUUCUAAGCUACAAUGAAAAACUGCUGAAAGAAAAGGAAGCUCUAAGCGAAGAACUAAAUAGCUGUGUUGAUAAGUUGGCAAAAUCAAGCCUUUUAGAGCGCAGAAUGGCUACUAUGAAGCAAGAACAGAAGUCUUGGGAACAGCAGAGUGAAAGCUUAAAGUUGCAGCUAGCGGCUUCGCGGGAAAAGGUUCAGAGUUUAGAGGACACACUACAGAAUGUAAACCUGCAGAUGUCCCGGAUUAAAUCCGACCUACGAGUGACUCAGCAGGAAAAGGAGGCUUUAAAACAAGAAGUGAUGUCUUUAUGUAAGCAGCUUCAGAAUGCUGAUGACAAGAACUGGGCCCCAGAAGUAGCCACCCACCCAUCAGGAUUCCAUAACCAGCAGCAGCGGCUGUCUUGGGACAAGUUGGAUCAUCUAAGGAAUGAGGAACAACAGCUGCUUUGGCAGGAGAACGAGAGACUCCAGACUGUGGUGCAGAACACCAGAGCAGAACUCACACACUCCCGGGACAAGGUCCGUCAACUGGAAUCCAGCCUUCUUCCCCCCAUGCACCAAGCACAGGUAAAUGCAUCAGGUACUGGGAAGCCCACAGAGCAGGAGAAGUUGAGCUUGAAAAGAGAGUGCGAACAGUUUCAAAAGGAAAGAUCUCCUGCGAAUAGGAAGGUCAGUCAAAUGAAUUCCCUUGAACGAGAAUUAGAAACAAUUCAUUUGGAAACUGAAGGCCUGAGAAAGAAACAAGUAAAACUGGAUGAGCAGCUAAUGGAGAUGCAGCACCUGAAGUCCACUGUGAUGCUUAGCCCAUCCCCUCACGCACUGGAUCUGCAGCUUCUCCAGCAGCAAGCCUGCCCGAUGGUGCCCAGGGAGCAGUUUCUGCAGCUUCAACACCAGCUGCUGCAGGCAGAAAGGAUAAACCAGCGCCUGCAGGAGGAACCUGAAAACAGAACCUCUGAAACCAACACACCACAGGAAAACCAGGAACAACUGGUAACUGCCAUGGAGGAACGAAUGAUGGAAGUUGAACAGAAAUUGAAAUUGGUGAAAAGGCUUCUUCAGGAGAAAGUGAAUCAGCUCAAAGAACAACUCUGCAAGAAUACUAAAGCAGAUGCAAUGGUGAAGGAUUUGUAUGUUGAAAAUGCCCAGUUGUUGAAAGCUCUCGAAAUGACUGAACAGCGACAAAAAACAGCCGAGAAGAAAAAUUACCUCCUAGAAGAGAAGAUUGCCAGCCUCAGCAAUAUAGUCAGGAAUCUGACACCAGCACCAUUGAUUUCUACCCCUCCCUUGAGGUCAUAGCAAAGCCAAAGGAUAUAUUCAUGUUUGUGCACUUUACUGAAAUGGAUGGAACAUUUCAGUAGGUUCUCUCGACCAUUUUUUCUUUUUUUUAAUAUAAAAAACCUUGAAUGGCUUCAAGUUAAGCCUAACCUAAAACUGUCAGCAACAAAAUUGGAGUUUCCAUUCAUUGUAAUGAGUUUUUCAAAAUAGAUUUUAAUGGGAGUUGCAAGCAAAUAUUCACAUAUUUCACUGUUUGAAGUAUUCUCAAGUCUUGAAUUUUUAAAUAUUUUAGGAGCCACCAAGAAGGUAGAUAUUAACAACAAUUCAAGAACCUUAAAACCCCAGUUUUGAAUGAGUUUUUUAAAAUAAUUAUUAAAUUCCAGAUAUUUUAAGUUUGAGAUCUAAUUAAUUUUGUUGUUUUGAUCUUUAUUUUAAGCCAAUUAUAUGCCUUCUCAACAUUUAAGGCAUAUAUUUGGCUUAAAAUAUGGGAAAGUCAUUCUGUUUCUAAUAGUUUCAUUCUUUGAAUUAAUUGGUAGACUUUCUGCUUGCUAACAGCAACUGGGCUCAAUAACCACUGAAGUCAAAAAUGCCAGAGUCCAUAGAGCUCUAUCUUCUACCACCUAUGACAGUAUUAUCAUUCUUGAUGUAUUAUAGAUAUAAAACUGAUUUACUCAACUGCACUGUUAACUAAUGUUAAAACUUUACUUUCUUUAAACAGUCUUUUUUCCCCUUCUUAUAAGCUUCGUUUGGGAGCUUGUCUCCUAAAAAAACAAAAAUGGAUAAGGCCACAUCCUUAAAGCAUUUGAACUAUAGGGAAGGCACUGGACAAACCACUUUGGAGAACAGCUAUUUGAAAGAAAGAUAAGCACACCACGUGUGUUUCAAUCUCCCCAAAGUCUUAGAAUUCAUGAAAUUACCUAUGGGGUUGCCUCAAGAACUCAGGGAAUAAUACUUUAAACUGUAUUUCUGACAUAACAUAGGGCCUCUUUAAGAAUUUAAAAUGUAAAUAUCAGGUGAACAUAUUUAUUUGUCUUAUAUCAAGAGCCAUAGUGGGAUUUUUAUUUCUAUACUUUUAGUGAAUAUAAUCUGGCGGGGGGGGGGAAGGCCUUGGUUUUAAUUUAUAGAGUAGUUAUUAUUAUUUCUUGUUUGUUUAAAUAGUUAAAUAUUUCCACACUUCUUCCUCCUCUACACCUCAAAUCUGAUAAGAAUUUCUUACUGUGAUAAGCAUUGGCAUACCAUCUGAGGUAAAGAAGUGCCAAAUAGGAUUUCCCAUUCAGCCUGAAGACCAGAACUUUGUAGAACAGUAAACAUUGUAGACUGGAUAACUUUUUGCCCCCCAAGUAAAUCUAUGUUGUAGCCAACAUCAGCCAGCAGUUGAUGGAAGACUUUAUUAGCUGUAGAACACUAACAAAGCUCAUCACAAUCACCUAUUUGUUUUUGUGGAAGAGCAAUUCGAUAAGAAAUAUUCACUUGGAUGUAUCCCAGGAAAACCAAACCCAUUGAUUUACAAGAGGUAUAACAGCAAAAGCAGACACUGCUUUAUGGGCAGGAACAAAAGAUGAAGCAAACUGCCUAAGAAGUCAUAUGUUAGAAACUCAGUCACCACACAACAAUUUGCAUCAAGGAACUUUGGCGUUCCUCCAGGCCUAACCAUCUACUAUUAGUCCCGCCUGCCAACACAGGGGUCCUCGCUAUAAAAGUCCUGACAAGGCAUGGGAGUUCACAUUCAUGAAGCAAACCUUUGCAUUUUUAGACAGCUUUUAUCAGAAAAUCCUGAUUUCCUCCUGGACAAAGAAUUUUAAUCCUUCCGUAUAAUUAUACCUCAAAGCAUCUGAUAUCUGCCUUCCCUCGUCUUUCUUUUCCAGGGCAAACAUUACUAGUAAAUGCAACUACUUUUGCCGCAUUGAAUUUAACAGAAUCUUUUUCACUUUUAAAACUGGGGUUAGACCUUGGCUAAGGUCAUAAAUAAACUAAGUAUCUGUGGUAUGCUGAUGCUUCAAGUUACUCACGGUUAUUGCCAUCAGAAAUGAACAAGCAUACUUCUCAAAUACCUGACAUAGCAUGCGAUCACAGGUUGUAUUUUAAUUUUUACAUUAUGAAAAGUGUAGGUUAAUUUGUUUAUUUCUUACAAAUCUGUAUUUUUAUGUAUAUAAAAUGCAUUACAAUGAAUGUGAAUGUGACUUUCUGGAAAGUUUUAGACUACAUUUAGGAUCCCUUUAUCCAAAAUCAAAGUGCUGCUCCAAUGAAAGUAUAUUUAACCAACAUGUAGGUGCUUAAUUUCUUACUUUACUGCAUUUUUGAAGUUGGAAAAAAAGAUCAACAUGAGAAAUACAUAGCUACCUUAAUACAUUUGUGCAGCAGUUUAUUUUUGUAAAGUAGAUUAGAAUGGGAAUUUAACUGGCAAUUUAUAGUAUAGCUUAUGGCUUUUUAAAAGACCUUUUAAGGAGAUUAAACUGUUAAAAUGUUUAGAUUUUGCUUUUAAACUUUAUAAUAGCACUCUUUAAAAUCACAAGUUGUAAAUUAUUUUGUAGACAUUUAUAGCUGCUUCUUUGUUAAAAGCACUUUUUCUUGACUUCCUAAGAACAGUUAUUUAAAUUAAGUCCUAGAUCAGUGGUUCUCAACCUUGGCUGCACAUUAGAAUCACCUGGGAAUCUUUUUAAAAUCCUGAGGCCCACAAAUCGGGAUCUUAAAAAGAUUCCCAGGUGAUUCUAAUGUGCAGCCAAGGUUGAGAACCACUGUCCUAGAUGAUGGGAUCUUCAUUUCAAGAAAAGAAAAUCAGGUUUGCCUUAGUGAUAAAACACAUUGUACUAAGAGGAGGGUAGGAAAACCUGUGUUCUGUUUCACACUCUUCUGCUUUUUAGAAGCCUGAGCUCUUAAGUUGAAUUUGUGAAGGAAGAAAAGUAGAAGGGGAAGGAAGGAUAGAACCACCACAGUAUUUUAUUUAUUUUUCUAAAAUUCUUAAUAAACUCAGAUUUUAAAAACUAUUUUAAAUGCCAGUCCUCCCCAGAAGCAUCAAAUGCAUUGAUUAUAUAUUUCAUCUUAAGCAUAUUUUACAUAAAUAGAUCACCAAGUCAUACGCUUUAAAGGUAUCGGAUGAGCUGUUACAGGUCUAGUAUUUCAAUAAUGUACCAAUACCCAGGGCAUGUAUUAUUAUGAGGAACUUUUUUUAAAAAGAAUGAAUGAGACUUUAUGGCAGAUUUUAACAUGUUGGAAUGAAUUUAUUUUUUGUGAUUUCUUUCUUUUUUUCUGAGUGAAGGAAAAAGAAAGGUGUUGCUACUGUCAGCAUUUAAAGGUAUUCCCAUCAAGGGAAGACUCAGUGCUUUGUAAUAAAUAGUAUUAAGCAAGUCUGGUUUUGAACGGGUUACCUGGAAUGACCAUUGGAAUGAUAUAAUUAUACAAGUAAACCAAAAACCAAGUCAAGGCCUAAUAACCAAAACAUUCCAUAUUUAAAACUUAUUCAUUAUAUCAUGUUUGAACCUAUUUGAACAUCUCAGCCUCAUAAAAUAGUUUUGGUUUUAUGGCAUGUAAAGCUGUUUAAUAAUAAAUCCAAGUUAGCUUUUUGUUUCUCAGUUUUUCUGAGAGAUAUGUUAAAUUUAUUCUUAUGGGAAGACAUCACUGCAUGAUUUAAGGAACAUUGGUUUUGUGAUGGAAAACCUGAGUUCAUCUAAAGCCAUUUUAGGAUUCUUCUCAGAUAAAGGUUAAUGUGUAUAUCAACCUUGUAUAUUUCAGCUUAGCCAUUCUAUCUUAGAACAUUUUUAAUGUGAGCUUAAAAUGUAAAUAAAUAAUUUUUAAACAUGG